AUGAACUGCUUACUGUGGAAGUCAGUUACUUUCCUGAGCCUGGUUUGGGCUGUUGGAGGACAAUCAAGUGGAGACUUGAGCUUCCCCAUAACAGGAAGCUUCUCUGGCAGACUGGAGGUCUAUUACAGUGGACAAUGGGGGACAGUGUGUGAUGAUAGCUUCAGUGCAUUUGAUGCAGUGGUGGCUUGUUGUCAACUAGGGUUCUUCACCUACACUCGAUACGGAACAGUUGGAGAGUUAGGUUUCUCUCCAGUUUCGAAUCCAUCAACUCCAAUAUGGCUGGAGCUUCGUUGUCGAGGAAAUGAGAGCAGACUCAUUGAUUGUCCUGCUAACCCUAUUGGAGUUGAAGAUUGCUCCCAUUCACAAGAUGUGGCCUUGAACUGUACUGCAAGCCCUGCAAGACAAUCAACUGGAAGCCUGAGGCUGGUAGACAGCUUUAGUCGAACAGGAGGCUCCUCUGGCAGACUGGAGGUCUAUUACAGUAGUCGAUGGGGGACAGUGUGUCAGGACGGGUUUGGUAUAAAUGACGCAAGAGUGGCUUGUCGUCAACUAGGGUUCUCAAGCUACAGCCGAUACGGAACAGUUCAAAGGCUAGAUUUCUUCCAAGCUUCAUCAAGCACUCGGACAUGGCUGGACGAGCUUCGUUGCUCAGGAACUGAGAGCAAACUCAUUGAUUGCCCUGCUAACACUAUCGGAGUUGAAGAUUGCUCCCAUUUUGAAGAUGUGGCCUUGAUCUGUACUGGAAGAACUACAAGUAAGAAUAGAUGA